AAUUACAUUUAUUGAUAAUAAAUCGCUAUUUUCAUGAUGACAACAGAAUCUAAGUUCGACUGUGUUUUCUGUAAAGAAGUUUUUGAAGACAAGGCUGCUUUGUUGAUUCAUUUUAGAAAACACGGCGAUCCCAACUUCAGUAGUAAAAAUAAGAACCGGCAACAGAAUGAAAUGGCAACCAACGAUAAAUCUAUCGAAGAAAACGAACUCGUCGGUUGUGAUGUCUGUCAGGAAGUAUUUCCCACAAUUUCUAAAGCUAUAACUCACAAGCACAAAGCUCACCCAGAUCACGAUUCUAAAUAUUUCUGUCCGUUCUGCGGUAAACUAUUUACUAUGAAGCAUCUAUACAACAAACAUAUACAAUCAAGCCACGAGUCAUCUGAAGUAUCAAAUACAAAUGAUUUCCAUUGCGAUUGUUGUGAUGUUUCAUUUUACGUAGCCUCGGCUAUGCUUUAUCAUAAUAAAUUUUUUCACCGACAAGACACUGAACUACCAGCUAUUGGACAGUCAAAGAAAAUUAAAACUUAUAACCAGGAACUCCUUCAAAUUUAUUAUUGUGCAUUUUGUGGUGAGGAAUAUAACAACAAAGUGAACCUACAUAAACACAUUGGUGAAGACCAUGAAGAUGAAAAUCAAAGUCCAACUGAAAUAUUAAGGUGUCCGCUGUGUGAAGCAAUAUUCUAUCAUUUAGAUGCUUAUGAGUUACACUUAACUUUUCACUCUACAGCAGACUUAUACAGAGAACGUAAUAAAAUGAAAGAACUCAUAACAGAAUUUUCUCUUGAAACUGUGUCGCCGAUAAUCGAAAAAGUAGAAGAAGAGGAUGAAAUGAAUACAAAAAGCAUUGAUAGUUUUCUUCAAUUAGUCAUGGGAGAGUCUACUGACAAUGAUACUCCAGAAAAAUUAAAAUCAAAAAAGCAUAAGAAACAUAAGAAGUCAAAAAAGGCGGCUAUCACGCUAGAUGAGUUUUUGAACAUGAAUAAAGAUGUUUUUGGUGAUGGUCUUGAUGUACAAGGAAUAGAAGAAGUACCAACACAAGUUGUUCUAAAAAAAGUCAAAGGCAAAAAAUUGCCCAAUAAGUCCGAGCCAAAAAUGGUAAAUGCAAAUUUAGCUAAAUUAAAGAAACAUGGCAUUGUUGUAAAAACAAAGUCUGGAAAAAAUCCCCUUUUGACAAGUUAUAAGAAAGAAGUGAGUAAACAGAAUAUAAUUAACACUCCUAAUGAAAUACUCUCUAAACUUAUGAAUCAAGGAAAUAGUCAAAUAAAAAUUGUUAAAAAAAGUGCUUCUCAAAAUGCUGCCACAAAUGAUGACACUGACAAUACUGUGAUGACAAACACUAUAGAAAAUUCAAUCAAUAUUACUUCUAAUAAGGAUAUUACUUCUGAUCUCGAAGAAGAGGAUUCAUCAAAAAUUACUUCAAUUGCUGAGAAUGACGCAAAUGACGAAAUGAAUGAAAUGUGCACGGACAUACAGGAAACUGAAAAAUCAAAUAAUAGUAAGCCAACAACACAAAUGAGUAAUAAUGAUAAAACAUACAAAUAUGAAAACAGUAAUUCUAUGUUAGAAAAUAGUCAAAAUGGUAUUUUAGAAAAUAAAAGUUUAUCUACCAUUGACACCAAAACACCAAGUACGCAAUUUGAAGAAUCUAGUCCCAAUAAAUUUUCACAAACAUCGAAUGACCAAAAACUUGUGUUAACAACUGAUGGACUAAAUAAAGAUUCUAUAAGCACGGACAGUAAUUGUGAUGAUAAUAAAGAACAUGUAGAUAAUAAUAUUACUAAUACUACACUAAACGCUCUGAAACAUUUAAGCCAUCUUAUAACAGUUAAACCAUUAAAUCAAGGGAAAAACUCAAAUAUUAGUAAUAAAAAUAAUGAAAAACUUAAUACUGUAAAUAAAAUUUUGCCCACCACAAUAGAAAGUAAGGAGUCAGAUCAAAUUAAAAAAAUUCCUAUGGAACAAAAACCAAUGUCUUUAAAUAAAUCCUUAGGAGAACAUUUUACAGAAAAAGCUUCAAAAGAAUCUCCAACAACUGCAUCAAAUUUUAAUUCCGAUACUGAAUGUGAAAAUGAUGAAAUAAAUGAUAAAAGAGUAGAUACUUUAAAUACAGAAUGUGAUCAAAUAGAAUUUCAAGUAUCAAAUAAAAGUAUUACCGAACCUAAAAUAGUAAAUAUCAAAAAUAUACCUCUUACUCAAGAAAAAGUUUUAAAUAAGAAUCAACUUCGAAAUCCAUCGAGUGGUCAAGAAGAGUUAAAAACUGAUAAUUGUCCUAAGAAAGCUAAUCUUGAUAUUUUAAAACGUUUGAAGAAUGUAACAGCUAAGCCUAUUUCUGUUGCCACAAAAGUUAAUCAAGUUCCCAAUAUUAAACCAGACAAAAGUAAUGUGAAUCAGAUAAGGAACAUCCUACCAAACAAUUUGUCUAAAGGGGGUGUAAAUGAAGAUAUAGAAAUUUUUAACAUAGACGAUUCUGAUAGUGAGGAUAACGAAUCUGGUGCUAUUAUAAACAACAAAUCUGAAGAUACAUCCCUUAAUGUACCAUUAACCACAUUAAAGAGUCUCGGUAGUACAAAUAUUGUUGUUAAAUCUAAACAAAAUCUAUGUCCAAAUGAAAUAUCAGAUAAAAAUAUUGAUAACAAAAAUAUUAAAGAAGAACAUCCUAAAUUGAAUAAACAGUCUCAAGAAAUCCAAAAGAGUAUUAAUCUUCAAAAUAAAUUAAGGAGUUUAGGUGGAAAUAUAACUGUUAAGUCUCGUAACUCUUCUCCGAAUGUGUAUAAUAAAGAAUUACAUAAGAGCUUUGAAAGUUAUGACGAUGAGGAUGAAGCAAAUUACAGUGAUUCAGAAUCUAUAGGUAAAGUAAAAAUCUCUGAGAUGGCUGAAAAUUAUGACAGUGGUAAUGAGUGUAAUGAAAGCCAAACAAGUGCAAUAAUUGAGUCCCCUCAUGCAUCUGACAGUGAAAAUGAAAAUAACGACGAUAUGGAGGAUGAUUUCUCAGAUUUCGAAAACCAAAUUAAAACCAACACAUUUAAAAAAGAGAACACCAUAGCGACAUCGAAAAAUAACACAUGUUUAGAAAAUUUUAAAAACUUAAAUAAACAACUGACAAUUAAAUCCUUAAAUACAAAAAAAUGUAAAUCAGAAGCAGACAUAAACUCGGGACACAAAGAAGUCUCAGAAGACACGGCUAAUGUGAAUACGCAAAUAGUUGCGAAACAAUUAAAACCAAACAUUUUACAGAAUGAACAAUCAAAUAAUUCUACUCAACAGGCCAGUGGGUCUGUAAAUCAAGCUUCAUUUAAGAAAAAGGUUUCUACUACUAAUCAAGUUAAUACAGUUAAAACAGUACAGAGGUUUCAAUCACAAACUGUCAUUGAAGAAAUUACGACAACAGUCACUAAAACCAUACGAACAGUUAAUCAAUCUACAAAUGAAGUAUUACAAAACCGAUGCAGUAUUAAACCUGCGAUACGACCACCACAAAAGAUACUUAAUAAACAGCCAGGAAGAGAGUUACAAGGUACAACAGUUAGACAUGUUUCUCCUGCAAUUGGUUCUAAAAUUAGAAGUGCAACAAAUGUAAUAAGGAACCCUAACCCAACUGUAGUCAGAGCAUCAAAUCAACUUAUACCAGUACGGCCUGUUUUAAAUCUUCCAAGAACAACUGGCCCUAGUACAUCGGCAGUAAGGAAAGUUGCUCUGCCUAAAAGUAGUCCUCAAAAAUCGACCAUAGGAAAAUUAAAAAUUUCUCCUCAUGCAUUAACCCAGACCGUAAAAAGACCUUCUGAUGAGACAGCUGGUCAUUUUAGUUGCUUCAAAAAACCUAAAGAGUCCCUUGUCAGUUCUGCAGAAAUGGUAGAUUACGAGGAUGAUUCUGCAAUGCAAUAUAGUUCGGCAAGUCAAAGUCAGUCUGAUUUUUCAAGUGUUACUAAAACUCUUAAGGGAAAAGGCAUGAUUACGGCUACCCAAACGCGAUCAGAAGUUAGUACAAGUUCACAACAACAACUAAGCAGAUUAAGUAAUGUAUCUGGGCUUAAAAUUAUGAAAACAAGUUCAAAACAAGCUACACAAGUAGAAGAAAAAUGUGAAAUUAACACUGCUAAAAAGAACACACUAGAGGCCCUCGAAAAGUUACAGAAACAAGGACUUUUAAUUAAGAAACCCCGUGUUGAAGAAUACAAUGAGCCACCGGACUCUUUCAGUGAUAGUGAUGAUGAAGGGAAUGAAAAAUGAUCAUUAGUCAGUUCAGUGACUUUUAUUCUUACAUUUAUGCCAAGUAUGACGAUAAAAAUACGUUAAAGACUUGAAAUGAAAAAUAUAGAACGCUGAGUAUCUUAAAAUACUUGGCUUUGUGAGGAUUUGUAUACUUUAUUAAAUUGCUAAAAUCCGACACUCAGACCUUGCUAAACUUUGUUUUAUUUUUUGGUUUGGUUUAAAUUUACAUACAUACAUAUUAAACAUUGGUUUAAAUUUCUAUUUUAAAAAGUCAUGUUUAUAAAAAAAAAACCUUUGGACAAAUAUUGUUCUCAGUUUCGGAAAGUAACAAUUUAAUAAUAUUAUUAAAUAAGAUUACGGUGUAUAUAAUUAAUGAUAAAAUGUAUGAUAUCUACUUAUAUGAUAGGAAAGAAUAUGUUAUUACUUAUUUGAAGUAUUUAAAAUUAAUAAUAAAAGAUAACUAUUGUUUAUCUUUACAUAAUUUAGUGACUUUGUACAUAAACUUUUGUCUUUUUUUUUCUCAUGUGAAAUAAAUGAAAAUAGUUGCGAGGUAUAAGAUGGGCAAUAAUAAGAAUAAAUGUUGUAUUGUUUAAUAUAAUAAACUAUAUUUACAUCGAGAAAUAACAUGAAUACCCACUGUCCAAAUACUUUUGUUAUAUGAAAAUAUAUUGUUUAAAUAACCAGAUAUAAAUGCAUUGAUCUUAAA